AUAUUUGACGGCGUUUGAUAAGCACUUCAUCGAAAAAGGAAAAGUGUAAACAAACACCUCGUGAAAAUUUCGAUUCUCGUUUGGGUGUGCUGUUUUUUCCCAUUUUCUUUCAAUUAAAUCCUUCGCCCAGCGUAGUAUAGUUGUGUGCUUGUGUGUGUGUACGUGAGUGUGUAUCCUUCGAUUGCAGGAAGCUAAACCGCUUGACGUUCUUGCGAUGGAAUUUGGUGGUUCAAGAACGCCAAGCCGACAGAUUUCUGCAUCAUGAAAUACCAGCAAAGGCGCCCGCGUACACGAGAAUGAGUGCAUCCGGCAAAUCGGAAAUCGAUAACAGCGCUUUCAUAGCUCUCUGUGUGUGUGCUGCUGCUGCUGCUGCUGCUGCUCUUUGUAUUUUCUGAUUUUCUACCACCGACCGAUGGGAGCGAGUCUCAAUUUUAACAUGCACCGUACUUGCCUCAUACACGCCGCAUAGUAAAAAGAAAUUGAUGUUGCUCCUCAUUGGGUUGGUCGGUAGAAGAUGUCAAGCGUCGAUACAAGGAUGUCUCGUACAUUGAGUAGCAUAGUUUCGUUGUACUGUUAAAAAUAUAAUAGCAUUUGAUCGUAUCUAGCCGUAUCUAUUAGCUGUCCCCUUCGAACGACACCGGUUGUUGGGUGCAAGGGAAAAUAUGGAAACUACCGAAAGUGCACAGCCGCCUGGCAGUGAAGCGGAUGUACAGGAGAAGGAAAAGGUGGCUGCGACCGACGAUGGAGCGGGCAUACCAUCCGGGUGCCCGAUGGCAAAGCGUAGAAAAGUCGAUUCGUCAUCCGGCAGUGGGAAAGGGAGCGAAUCGGAGGAAGACAAUCCGGCGGACGCGACGCCGAAAGAGGCCGCUGCAGUGGAUAACCUGCGUGAGUUUGACGUGCUGGAUGAGGUGCAGGGUGACAAUUCAGACGAGGACUCGGAAACGGGUGCCGGUGACAUGGAUGAUGGCAGCUCGGAAGGAUCGGACGUCAACUACGACGAUAUAGAGUCCAUGCUGGAUGAAGGCCUACCGGAGGAGCUGCGCAACACGAACAAGAAGCAGCCGUACGAAGAGCGCUUCAAGCAGGUGCUCGAAGAGAAGGGUCGCAAUCAUUUCGAGGUGCUGCCGGAAGGAUGGGUCCAGGCCACGCACAUGAGCGGAAUGCCGCUGUAUCUGCACAAAGCGUCUCGCGUUUGUACCGCCUCUAGGCCGUACUUUCUCGGGCCGGGCAGUGUGAGGAAACAUGAAAUACCGCUCAGCGCCAUCCCUUGUCUCAACUAUCGCAAAGCGCUCGAGAAGGAGGAUGAGCUGAAGAAGGAACUGGCGGCCGCUACCGCUGCCCAGGCAGCCGCUGCUGCAAACGGUGCAGAAAACGGCGACGCGAGCAACGAGGCUGCCAGCGAAGGACAAGAAGGAGUCACCAAAGAAGCGGCCGAACCGGUCCAGGAGCGUCAGCUACACAACGCACAGCUGAGUAAAAUGAUUGCCAGCGCUACGACCACUGCCGAGGCACAGGCCAACGCCAAGCUGCUGCCGCUGAAGGUGAGCGCCAAGAUCGAAACGGUCACCGAGAACCUGAAGGCCCAAUCGCUCACCUCGGACGCGGUGGUGGAGUACUGCAAGAAGCUGUUCCGCUUCAAAACGAUACGCGUGCUGCGCUUCAAAUCGUGGGCAGCACGACGAAAGUUCACCAAGCACCGGAAGCACAUAAAGAACCUACAGCGCCCGACGCUGCCGGACGGUACGAAGCUGAUCACCUUCCCGAUGCUGAACAUCGAGGACGAACAGGGCAAUCCGCACGCCCGGCCGAAGAAGGAGUGGAUCAUGAACCCGAACGGAAAGAGCUACGUUUGCAUUCUGCACGAGUACGUGCAGCACGCCCUGCGCAAGCAGCCAACGUACGAGUUCAAGGAGCUGGAGAACGCAGCGACCCCCUACUCGGCGACGGUUACGAUAAACGAGCUAAAGUACGGCACUGGCUACGGUACCAGCAAAAAGCAGGCGAAAAGUGAAGCCGCCCGUGAAACGCUCGAAAUCCUCAUCCCCGACAUGAAGGACAAAAUUACGGGCAAGGAUGCGAAGGGUGCCUCGAACGGUGGGGGCGCCGGUGCUGGCGGCAGUGGCAGCGGUAGCUCACAGCAGCAAUCGUCCGAUCUGCGCGAGCUGUCCGUGUUCGAUGAGAUCAAAAUCGAGGACCCGCGGGUGGCCGAGUUUUGUGCGAAAACGACGGAACCAUCGCCCCAUGCCAUCCUGCUUACCUGCCUGCAGCGCAACUUUGGGCUCGGCGAGGUGCACAUCAACUACGAGGUGAACACGAUGAAGCACCGGAAGAACGAGUUCACCAUGACGGUGGGCAAGCACGUGGCCACGGUCGUGUGCAAGAACAAGCGGGACGGCAAGCAGCGCGCCUCGCAAGCCAUCCUGCAGAUACUGCACCCGCACAUCAAGACCUGGGGCUCGCUGCUGCGACUGUACGGCAACCGGUCGGUGAAGUCGUACAAGGAGAAAAAGCAGGAGGAGCAGGAAAUUACCGUGCUGCAGAGCAAGGCCGCCAUUAACCAGCCGAACUACGCGAUCCUGGAGAAGCUGAAGCAGGAAAUGUCCAAGCUAGAGGAGCGGCAGCGCAAUGUGCGCGUGAUCGGUAAGUUUGUGCCACCGUCGGAUGUGGAUCUACCGACCGGGGCGGGGGCAAACUUAAAGAACGUGGAUCUAUAGGUGGGUUUGUGUUCAGCGCGGGACCCAUUGGGGCGAGACUGAGCAGAAA